CAGCCAAUCAGAGCACCAAGCGAUCUCUCUAUCAGCCAAUUAGAGUGCCAGAACUCCAGCCAAUUAUGGCAUUACCCUGAGCGCCCUGGACUGCUCUGUCACCUUCGGUGUAGGCCUCUCCAGGAGAAGUGAUCGAUGCGGUUAAGGUGGCUAUCAACCUGGGCUACCGGCACUUUGAUUGCGCCUACUUAUACCACAAUGAGAGCGAGGUUGGAAUGGGAAUCAAUGAGAAGAUCAGGGAGGGCGUGGUAAAGAGAGAUGAGCUGUUUGUUGUCAGUAAGCUGUGGUGUACCUGCCACAAGAAGUCUUUGGUGAGAACAGCAUGCAUCAAUUCCCUGGCAGCCUUAAACUUGAAUUACCUGGACCUCUACCUCAUACACUGGCCCAUGGGUUUCAAGCCUGGGGAAAAAGAUGUCCCUUUGGAUCACAGUGGCAAGGUCAUACCCAGUCACACCAGCUUUCUGGACACUUGGGAGGCCAUGGAGGAUCUGGUGAUUGAGGGUCUGGUGAAGAAUAUUGGGGUGUCCAACUUUAACCAUGAACAGCUUGAGAGACUUUUGGAUAAGCCUGAUUUGAGAAUCAGGCCGAUAACUAACCAGAUUGAAUGCCAUCCAUAUCUUAAUCAAAAGAACCUGAUUGAUUUUUGCCAUAAAAGAAAUGUGUCUGUGACCGCUUACCGUCCCCUUGGUGGCUCAAGAGAUGGAGUUCACUUGAUGGAUGAUAUCAUCAUUAGGAGGAUUGCAAAGAAGCAUGGGAAGUCUCCUGCUCAGAUUUUGAUCCGAUUUCAGAUCCAAAGGAAUUUGAUAGUGAUUCCCAAAUCUGUCACCCCAAGUCGGAUUAGAGAAAAUAUCCAGGUAUUUGAUUUUGAAUUAACUGAAAAAGAUAUGGAGGAACUCCUCAGCCUAGACAAGAACCUCCGUCUGGCCACAUUCCCUACAACUGAAAAUCACAAGGACUAUCCAUUCCACAUAGAGUACUGAAGACAGCUUCACUUGCCGUCUUUUCUGCUCAGCAGAAACAGGUCACCAAGCUCAGAGCACUGAUCCACCACUGCAGAGGCCAAGUGGUCCCUCUGUGGCCACAGCACCAGCCACUGCCACAGCCAAGAUUGGCACCAGUGUUGGAAUAAGGAAGAUCCUGCCUGGAACAGGACCAGUUCAGAGAAAAAUAAAGAUCUAGGGAUGAGAAAGGGAAGGACCAUGGGGUCUGUGGCUGCUUCCAAGUUGUUAGGGAUAGCCAAGCACAAAGAGUAAUGUAAUUGAUGUCAGUGGGUCCCAAUCUUUGUGGCUUCUGUUUUUGGAAGUGAGAUGCUGAUUGCUCAUGAGUGAAAAUUACUUUCACAUUUUAAGGAAACCUGCUUGACAGAAGUGUUUGAAUAACAUGGAAGAUUUGAGAAGUUAGUACAAUUAGUAUCCAUGAGUUGACUGCAGUAAGUACCAGCCUGAGCCCAAUUUUGUACUCUGCCCUCCCAGAGUAAAAAAUUUAUUUUAACAAUUUUCUAGAUGAUUUCAAAGCCAAAUCUUCCAGCACUUAAAAGAAGAAAAGGCUCUCAAGCUGAGGCCCCAGCUCAGACAAAAUGUGUUUAUAUUUUUCUUACUUAAAAACUUUUGGGGGCGGGGAAUGUGUGUGCAUCUUCACAUAUGUAUGCAGGUGAACAUGCAUGUGCAUGCCUAUAGAGGCUAACUUCUCAAAAGAAGAGAAGGGAUCUCCUUGUGUGGGUCCCAGAAAGAGAUUUGCUGCAGAAAGACAUUUGCUUAUGAUGCAAGAACCUCAUGUGAAACUUGUCAGGGCAGUGUGGGUGGAACUGGAGUUGGAGGUCCUGGCAGGCUCUCUACAAAGUCCACUGAAAAUCUAUCACCUGCAUUUUAUAAAGCAGACCUGACUCCUCCUCAGCCUCACGACAAUGAAUAUUUAUUUUUGCCAUAGUCACAACUCCUUAUCAUUAAUUUUGUGAAAUUUAGUUAGCUCCUAAUCUUUGAAUUUUUCUUAAAAAUGGCAUCGUACACAUAAAACACUGGAUGUAAUCAUUAGCAAGUAAUAGCCUCUGUGGGGGGUGCAUGUGAGUAUACCUGGAAGUUACAUAUUGUUGUAUUUCCUAGAAUCUAAUCAGGACAUAUCUAACCAUAAUAUUUUGCAUGGCUCUGGUUACUUAUACAGAAAACACUGCCAAUUUGGAAAGUUUUUCUUAAUCAUAAUUCAUAUUGUGUGAAUCAUUACUUCCUACUCUACUGCCAUGCAAAUGAGGAUGGAAUUCCACAAAACUGAUGGUCCAGAACUUGUUCCUGUCUAUAUUAUGAGUUAUAACAUAUCACCUUUCUUCCCUAGCUAUAUCUUAGUUGAAUUAAAGAAACUAUGGAGCCCUAGGCCUCCAUG